ACAAAAAGCCAUUGUACAAGUACGACAACAAGUUUCUCGAUUAGCAGUUGAAAGAGCUUUAGAAGUAAUUAAUAGUCGUUUGAAUAUGGAUUUACAUGCUAGAAUGAUUGAUUAUCAUAUUGGCUUAUUUAAAGCUAUGGAAAAUUCUGCUGAGUAGAAAAAAGAACAUAUAUAGGUGCUAUACUUUCAAGAUUACACACCACGUCCAUGGUAAAUAUUCGACCUGAUGAAAUCAGUAGUAUUAUCCGCAAACAGAUUGAGCAAUAUAAUCAAGAAGUUAAAGUUGUUAACAUAGGUACUGUUCUUCAAGUAGGAGAUGGUAUUGCUCGUAUUUAUGGCCUAGACAAAGUCAUGGCAGGGGAGCUACUAGAAUUUGAAGAUGGUACAGUUGGAAUUGCUCUAAACCUAGAGGCAGAUAAUGUUGGUGCUGUACUUAUGGGAGAAGGAUUGAGUAUCCAAGAAGGUAGUUCAGUUAAAGCAACUGGAAAAAUCGCUCAAAUUCCUGUUAGUGACGGCUAUCUAGGACGUGUAGUUAAUGCACUUGGUCGUCCAAUUGAUGGCAAAGGAGAUAUCCCAGCUUCUGAAUAUCGUUUAAUUGAAUCUCCUGCUCCUGGUAUUAUCUCUAGACGUUCUGUUUAUGAACCAAUGCAAACAGGACUUAUUGCUAUUGAUGCCAUGAUUCCAAUUGGUCGUGGUCAACGAGAAUUGAUCAUUGGAGACCGUCAAACUGGGAAAACAGCAGUAGCUACAGAUACAAUUCUAAAUCAAAAAGGACAAAAUGUUGUCUGUGUCUAUGUAGCUAUUGGACAAAAGGCUUCUUCUGUAGCUCAAGUUGUAAACACCUUCGAAGAACGUGGUGCAAUGGAAUAUACUGUAAUUGUAGCAGAAACAGCUAACUCACCUGCUACUUUGCAAUACCUUGCUCCUUAUACUGGUGCGACAAUUGCUGAAUACUUUAUGUAUAAAGGACGUCAUACAUUAGUAGUAUAUGAUGAUUUGUCUAAACAAGCUCAAGCUUAUCGUCAAAUGUCUCUACUUCUAAGACGCCCACCUGGACGCGAAGCUUAUCCUGGAGACGUUUUCUACUUACAUUCUCGUCUAUUAGAAAGAGCUGCCAAAUUAAGUAAUCAAUUAGGUGAAGGUAGUAUGACUGCUUUGCCUAUUGUUGAAACUCAAGCUGGUGACGUCUCUGCUUAUAUCCCAACAAAUGUAAUUUCUAUUACAGACGGACAAAUUUUCUUAUCAGCUGAUUUAUUUAAUGCUGGUAUUCGUCCUGCUAUUAAUGUUGGUAUUUCAGUAUCUCGUGUAGGAUCUGCAGCGCAGAUUAAAGCAAUGAAACAAGUUGCAGGUAAAUUGAAACUAGAGUUAGCUCAAUUUGCAGAAUUAGAAGCUUUUUCACAAUUUGCUUCUGAUCUUGAUAAAGCUACUCAAAACCAAUUAGCUAGAGGACAACGUUUACGUGAGUUGCUUAAACAGCCUCAAGCUGCACCUUUAGCUGUAGAAGAACAAGUAGCAACUAUCUUUACUGGAGUUAAUGGCUAUUUAGAUGUAAUUGAAGUUGCACAAGUUAGAAGAUUCUUGGCUGAAUUACGUCAUUAUAUCGUGACUAAUAAACCUGAAUUUGGUAAAAUUAUUCGUGAAAAGAAAACUUUUACAGAUGAAGCACAAGCUAUUUUGAAGCAAGCUAUUCAAGAACAUACAGAAGCUUUCUUAUUACAGGAAGAAUCUGGAGCUGCUGCUCGUUAAUUUAAGAUAAAGUAGUUAUAUGACU